GAGUGCCCGUAGGUGAGAGCCGAGUCGUACAACUUCCCAGUUCCCCUCAAGCUCCAGAAAGCUCUGUGGGACCUCGACCAUAAUAAAACAAUCUCAACCAGCCAGCAAACGACGCCCUCCGCCGGUACGCGUCUUCGGAAUCGCCGGUCGACACUGAAUUCGUUUCCGACGGUGGAAUCGCAGCUUCCCCUGCGAUUCUAGCUCAAUCCAAAUGACUAUUCUCCGAGAGAUAUGGGAGACAGCUUCAAAGGGAGAUAGCCUUGCCAUUCUCUCACAUACGGUCUUCUGAUUGAAGAAUUUAUUGGCACCUCGGAGAUUUCAGGAUCAAAAUGGAUUAUUCCUAUGGUGGUGAGGGUCCUGCUAUACUGCAGCUGCACAAAUGGGGACCCUCCCAGUUGCAACUCAACCUUUCAGAAUUUCGUGAAGCUUUUAUAUCUCCAACAAGGGAGCUAGUGUUAUUGCUUUCAUAUCAAUGUGAAGCUGUGCUGCUUCCUUUGAUUACAGGGGACUCAGUAGAUAAUACUGAUCCUGGAAAUUGUUAUACUGAAAAUAUUGAGAAUGCAAGUUCUGUAGCCUUCAACUCAUCUACAGCAGUCCCUAGUAGGUUAGAUCCAAGGGACUCAAGCACUUCAAGAUUAGUAACUACAGUUUCUGAUUGUGAUAUUUUUCAUGAAAGUAAUAUUUCAAGAUCUGAUAGUUACCCUUCUGUUUGUGAUGUAAACUCACUGGCUUGGGGGAUGUCUGGGGAUGCCUAUAAUCAGCAUCAGGAUGCCUCGUUUAGGGAGCUUCUCUUUGUGUCUGGCAACAAUGGUGUGACAGUCCAUGCUUUUCGUCAACCUCGUCAAACAAGUGAAAUCAUCGAAACCAUGCAGGAGGGUGAAUUUGGACAUGGGAUGUGGGUGGAGUGGGGACCUUCUAUCUCACCUAACCAUACAGAACAGGAGAACAUCUCUUUGUGUUGCGAAACAUCUGAAAAUACCUUGGGUGUGAACAGGGCCAAUGGAAGUGAGGAAAGUCGGCAGAGUUUUUGCAAGGAAGUUGAGAAUGAUGAAUUGUCAAGAAGCGUGAUUUUGAAGAGAUGGUUGCGGACUUUCUUGACCCUUGCAGAAACUGUGGAAUCUGAAGGUAACAUUUAUACUAAGUUUCCAGAGAAAGCAUCUUUUCCACCCACUGCAAGGGUUGUUUCAUUUAAAAUUUUUGAUCAAAAUUCACCGCUUUUGGACAUUCUUUUUCGUGACAGUUCAUCAAGUAAUGAAGAAAAUCAGAAGGAAACAGUUUUAGAUACCGUGGAUGAUAUAUGUGUAAAGUCAGAUUCAAGUCCAUCAAGCCCAAAACUCACUUCUGAUGUUUUGUCCGAAUUUUUGAGUGUUGGAAAGAAUGGCGCAUAUAAAUGUUUGAGAGUAUUCUCCAGCAAUUCACACCAAUUAAUUGGAUUUGUUCUACAUCCAGGGGAACAUGAGUGUUCUGGUGCUAGUGUUGAAAGGGAGACCUUACUUCUUGUUGCCAGGUUGGAUAGAUGGGGAAUGCAUUGGGUUUGUUCAGUGAAACUUCAGAACAGUCUGGAUAAAGGCAACUGGACAGACUUCCAAUUUUCUGAUAAUCUACUUGCUUGCCUCACUACAUCUGGCUUAAUUUUCUUUUAUAGUAUAAUAACUGGUGAACAUGUUGCACGUUUGGAUAUUUUACAGAUUUGUGGACUUAAUUAUCUGUCUAGUUUACAGGGGCAAGAACUAUUUUCUGUGGAAAAUGAUGUGGUUUCAGGAAAUAUUGACAUGCAGAAUAAACCAGGUGGUGAAGUUUAUGAUAAGUCAACUAAAAAAAAUAAUGAUUUAUGUGGCAGAAGAAUGUUUAGGAGGCUGAUUGUUCCAUCAUAUACCUCGUUUAUGGCUGCAGUUGAUGAGCAUGGUGUUGUUUAUGUAAUAUGUGCUGGUGACUACAUGGCAGAUAAGUUCUAUUCAUUUGAGAAGUUGCUCCCACAUUUUCAGCAUUUAAGCCUUGGGAUAUUGGCUGGCUGGAAGGUUGGUGGUUCUGAAAUUAGCCACCAAAGAGUAUUUUCUGAUCUUUCAGGUUGUCAAAAUUCAGAUAUUUCAUCCUUUGGGAAUGAGAAACGUUCCUUCUUGGGUGAUAGUAGAAGUAAUGAGCAUAGGAACAUUCAGGAAAGAAAAGGGACCCAAUAUGGCUCUCAGUUGAGUGGCUUCUCUACUGCGUCAGACAUAACUGAUGACAGAUUCUCUUUUUCUGAAUCACAAACACAUCUUAUGCGGAAAAUCUUUCUUCCUGUAAAUGGAUCUAGUGAAGAAGAUUUUAUUUGUUUUUCCCCACUUGGAGUUACUCGGCUUAUCAAGAAAAACCAUAUCAAGGAUGAGAGGAAUUUUCAAAUUGUUCAUUCCAAUCUGCAUGCCAACCUAAAAGUUCGCGAUGACAGGUGCCUAGAUUCUAGGUGCGAGGUGUAUGAUCUCCUAGGAGUGGAAGAAGCUUCUGUUGGAGAAGUUAUUUCCUGUGCUUUCCAAGGAUAUUUUUAUUUGGUAACACAGGUGGGUCUUUCAGUAGUUCUUCCAUCUGUUUCACUUUCAUCAGAUUUCCUUCCUAUUGAAUCUAUUGGAUAUCAACAACCAAGUAUGACUAUGGGCAUUGGACUUCAAGUUGGAAACAUUCUGACAAUGGAACAAUCUACAUGGUCCUGGUCACACUGGAAAAGAGAAGUUCUGGAUAGAGUUCUUGUAUACGAAGGCCCUGAGGAGGCAGAUCUCUUGUGUUUGGAAAAUGGGUGGGAACUAAGGAUUUCUCGAAUUCGUCGUUUGCAAUUGGCAUUGAACUUCUUGAAAUUUGAUGAGAUAGAGAGGUCUUUGGAAAUGCUCGUGACUGUCAAUUUGGCUGAGGAAGGCAUCUUGAGGCUGUUAUUUACUGCUGUUUAUCUAAUGUUUCAUAAAAUUGGUAACGAUAGUGAGGUUUCUGCUGCAUUAAGGCUUCUUGCGUUGGGCACGAAGUUUGCAACCAAAAUGAUUGGUAAAUAUGGGUUGAUUCAGCAUAAGAAAGAUACAGUUAUAUCACAGGGCAUCAGGGGAACUCAAUUCUGCACCACACCACCAAUUUCGCCAGAAAAACAGAAAAAUCGGAUGGAAAAUGUAAAGAGGCUUAGGGAGAUGGCUCACUUUUUGGAGAUAAUCCGAAAUCUUCAAUAUCGAUUUAGUGCAAAAAUUAAAAGGCCAGGUCAAGGAUUGGGCAAUGGCGAGGAAGCAUUAUAUGGAGUGAAUACAAAUUUGUUGCAGGAUGACACCCAGCUUUUAGUCCUACCUGCUGAUGCACCAACAUUAGAGACAACAAACCAACAAGAAAUUUCUCUUCCUGUGUCUGCGGACAUCAGCAAUGCAGAGAAGCUUGCUUUGAUGCCCACAGAAUCCUUGGAGCCUAAAACCCAUACAGAUUCAGAGAACUAUGGGGAAAUAUCUCUCCUAAUGUCUCAAGAAGGACUAUUGCAGAGGAAAGUUAUUCCCUUGGAAAAUCCCAAGGAUAUGAUUGCACGCUGGGAAAUAAAUAAUUGGGACCUUAAAAAUGUUGUCAAAGAUGCUCUGCUCUCAGGACGCGUUCCCUUAGCUGUGCUUCAAUUGCAUCUUCAUCGUUUAAAAGACUUGGUUGCUGACAAAGAGCCUUACGAUACCUUCACAGAAGUUCGUGAUGUUGGAAGAGCUAUUGCUUACGACCUAUUUCUGAAGGGCGAAACUAGACUUGCUGUAGCAACAUUGCAAAGGCUUGGAGAGGAUAUAGAAACGAGCCUCAGGCAAUUGGUUUUUGGCACUGUACGGAAAUCUCUCCGAAUACAAGUUGCCGAGGAGAUGGAAAGGUAUGGGUACCUUGGACUGCAGGAGUCAAAGAUACUUGAGAGGAUAUCACUUAUUGAGAGGCUCUACCCAUGCAGCAGUUUCUGGAGAACAUUUGUUUUCAGGCAGAAAGACAUGAGAGUUUCAUCAAAUAUAAAUUCACCUGGGGAUAAUAAUUUACCCUUAUUGCAUUCAAAUUCACUAAAUAAUAGUUCCAUUGAGUGCGGUGAGAUUGAUGGAGUUGUUUUGGGUUCAUGGACAAGUGUGAAUGAUGAUUCUUCUUCUCCUGAGGUUGUCGAGGAUAGUACUUUUGCUGGAUAUUGGGCAGCUGCUGCAGUUUGGUCUGAUGCCUGGGACCAGAGAACCAUUGAUCGUAUGGUGCUGGAUCAGCGUUUUCUUAUGGGUGUUCAUGUUUUAUGGGAAUCUCAACUUGAGUAUCACAUAUGCCGAAAUGACUGGGAGGAAGUCUCCAAACUCCUGGAUGUGAUUCCUAUGUCUUUAUUAUCUGAUGGAUGCCUUCAGAUCAGCUUGGAUAGUUUACAAUCUUCUUCAAACAGUGGAUGCAAUAGGGGAUCACCUGACUACAGCAGCUGUAUGUUCCCUCUUGAAGAAUUGGAUGCUGUAUCCAUGGAUGUUCGAGGCAUCAAAAUUUUCAGACUUUCAUCUACUAAUAUGUGUUCCAUGUGGUUAAGACUGCUUAUGGAACAGGAGCUUGCUAAGAAAUUUAUUUUUAUGAAGGAAUUCUGGGAUGGCACUGCAGAGAUACUAACUGUUCUGGCACAUUCUGGCUUCAUUACAAGCGGAUACAAAAUUUCUUAUGAGGAUGAAUAUAUUGAGACUUCAUCAGAUCUGAGUUCAUCCAGUAUCAGAGGAGCAACUCACCCUGAUACUGCGCAUGCUCUACAUAGACUUGUUUUGCAUCACUGUGUACUAUAUAACCUGCCAAUUCUUAUGGACCUUUAUCUCGACCAUCACAAUUUGGUUGAGGAUAAUAAUUCGCUUAGUUCACUACAGGAAGCUGCUGGGGAUUGUCAAUGGGCAAAAUGGUUGCUCUUAUCUAGGAUUAAAGGCCAUGAAUAUGAUGCAUCAUUCUCUAAUGCUCGUUCAAUUAUGUCCCAUAAUUUAGUUCCUGGUAACAACCUCAGCAUUCUGGAGAUAGAUGAAAUAAUUCAUACAGUUGAUGACAUUGCAGAAGGUGGGGGGGAAAUGGCUGCUUUAGCUACUCUGAUGUUUGCCCCUAUCCCAAUUCAGAAUUGCUUGAGCAGUGGCAGUGUAAACAGGCAUUCUAGCUCCUCAGCCCAGUGCACGCUAGAAAACCUUAGGCCAACUCUCCAGCGCUUCCCUACACUUUGGCGCAUGCUCAUAGCAGCAUGUUUGGGACAUGAUACUGCUUGCAACUUCAUAGGCCCUAUGGCAAAAAAUGCUUUAUCAGGCUACCUGUAUUGGCGCGAUGACAUAUUCUUCUCCACCACACGUGAUACUUCACUUUCACAGAUGCUCCCAUGCUGGUUUUCUAAGGCUGUUCGAAGACUAAUUCAGCUUUAUGUCCAGGGUCCUCUUGGAUGGCAAUCACUAGGAGCUCUGCCUACGGCAGACGCUUUUAUGCACAGAGAAAUUGACUUUUUCAUUGCUUCUGAUGAACAUAUUGAGAUCAGUGCCAUUUCAUGGGAAGCAACUAUACAAAAACAUAUUGAAGAGGAGCUCUAUGCUUCUUCACUUAAGGAAACUGGACUUGGACUUGAACACCAUCUGCAUCGUGGACGUGCACUGGCGGCUUUUAACCAUCUUCUUGGAGCUAGAGUUCAAAAGUUGAAGUCAGGACAUAUUCAUAAAGAGCAAUCUGGUGCUUCAGUACAUGGACAAACAAAUGUUCAGUCAGAUGUUCAAAUACUACUUGGACGAAUAACAGACAGUGAAGAGUCUUUUCUUUCAUUUGUCAAGCCACUUGCUAUCAUGCACUUCGAGGAUUCUGUGUUGGUUUCUUCAUGUGCUUUUCUCUUGGAGCUUUGUGGUUUAUCUGCCAGCAUGCUCCGUGUAGACAUUGCUGCAUUGAGACGAAUAUCUUCAUUUUACAAGUCCACUAGUCAACAUGCUGAGCACUACAGGCAACUUUCACCUAAAAGCUCUGCAUUUCAUGCAGUUUCCCAUGAAGGUGACAUAACAUAUUCUCUUGCUCGGGCAUUGGCAGAUGAUUAUCUGCACAAUGAUGGUGCAAGCAUUAUGAAGCAUGGUGGAAGUUUGAACUCUGUUAGUAGUAAGCAACCUUCUCGAGCUCUCAUGCUUGUCUUACAGCACUUAGAAAAGGUAAGCCUUCCAUUGAUGGCUGAUGGAAGGACGUGUGGAUCUUGGCUGUUAAAUGGCAUUGGUGAUGGAACUGAAUUGAGAUCCCAACAAAAAGUUGUAAGCCAGCACUGGAAUUUAGUUACAGUUUUUUGUCAGAUGCAUCAGAUUCCUUUAAGCACAAAAUACCUUGCUGUGUUGGCCAAAGACAAUGACUGGGUUGGCUUUUUGUCAGAAGCUCAGGCCGGAGGAUACCCUUUGGAUGCAGUUAUCAAAGUUGCAUCAACAGAAUUCAGUGAUCAGCGUCUCAAAAUUCACAUCUUAACUGUUUUAAAAGGCAUACAAUCAAGAAAAAAACCCAGCUCUUCAUCUAUUUCAGAUACUACGGAAAAAAGGAGGGAAACUUCCUUUUCGGAUGAACUUAUGUAUUCCCCCGUGGAACUUUUCAAAAUUUUAGCGGAGUGUGAGAAGCAGAAAAACCCUGGAGAGGCCCUUCUGACAAAAGCCAAGGACCUAUGCUGGUCUACUUUGGCAAUGCUUGCAUCCUGCUUUCCGGACGUGUCACCAUUGUCUUGCUUAACUGUUUGGCUUGAAAUUACUGCCGCAAGGGAAACUUCAUCCAUUAAGGUGAAUGACAUUGCAUCCCAGAUUGCAAACAAUGUUGGAGCAGCUGUUGAGGCUACUAAUUCCCUAUCGCCAAGUUGCAGAACCCUUGCAUUUCAUUAUAACCGGAGGAAUCCAAAACGGAGACGUCUUAUGGAAUCCAUGUCAGUGGAUCCCUUGGCUGCUGCUAAAUUUGAUCUUUCUAGCACAUCUGCUGGUGCAAGAAUAUUUGUUGCCCAAGGAAUUAUCGCUGAAGAGGAAAGGAAAAAGGAUUCUAGGGAACAAAAUAAAGCUUCAAGUAAUUUUGAUGAAGGGCUUGUUUCUCUCUGCAAGAUGGUUGCGGUGCUUUGUGAGCAACACUUGUUUCUUCCUUUGCUCAGGGCUUUUGAAAUGUUCCUUCCUUCAUGUUCUCUGUUACCAUUUAUCCGUGCCCUUCAGGCAUUUUCUCAAAUGCGCCUAUCUGAAGCAUCAGCACAUUUAGGCUCCUUCUCUGCCAGAAUUAAGGAAGAAUCACCGCAUUUUCUUACAAGUAUUGGAAAAGAAGGACAAAUUGGAAUGUCAUGGAUAAGCUCCACUGCCAUUAAAGCUGCUAAUGCAAUGCUGUCAACAUGUCCAUCACCCUAUGAAAAAAGAUGCCUGCUGCAACUUCUUGAGGUAACUGAUUUUGGGGAUGGAGGAUCUGCUGCAUCAUAUUAUGGGCGACUACUUUGGAAAAUUAAUCUGGCAGAGCCUUCACUACGGAAAGAUGAUGUUCUACAUUUGGGAAGUGAGACUCUAGAUGAUGCUUCACUUCUGACAGCAUUGGAAAAAAAUGGGUUCUGGGAGCAUGCACGCGAUUGGGCAAAGCAGUUGGAAGCCAGUGGUGGAACUUGGAAAUCUGCUGUACACCAUGUUACUGAAACACAGGCUGAAUCCAUGGUAGCAGAGUGGAAGGAGUUUCUUUGGGAUGUUCCAGAAGAAAGGGUUGCUGUAUGGGGCCACUGCCAGACAUUAUUUGUCAGAUAUUCCUUCCCUCCACUGCAGGCUGGAUUGUUUUUCUUGAAACAUGCAGAAGCUGUGGAAAAGGAUCUUCCUGCAAGAGAGCUCCAUGAGUUGUUGCUGCUUUCUCUACAGUGGUUAAGUGGGAUGAUAUCAUUCUCCAAUCCUGUCUAUCCCCUGCAUCUUCUACGAGAAAUUGAGACUAGAGUCUGGCUCUUGGCGGUAGAAUCAGAAGCUCAGGUGAAGAGUGAAGUCGACUUCAGUUUCACCAGUACCAUCCGGGAUCCUGUGAUCAGGAAUGGCUCCAAUAUAAUAGACCGAACUGCCAGCAUUAUAGCAAAAAUGGACAAUCAUAUAAACAUGGUUAGGAAUAGGAGUACAGAGAAAAAUGAAGCAAGGGAAAAUAACCAAACACAUACCAGGAAUCCUCAUGUUCUUGAUGCCAGCUCUUCAGCCUCAACAGGAGCAAUUGCAAAGGCAAAACGAAGGGCUAAAGGCUAUGUGCCAUCAAGACGGUCAUUAAUGGACACAGUGGAUAGCAGCGCUGAUCCUGAAGAUGGUUCCAACCUUCUCAACUUCAGAAAUGACUCUCCAUCACAAGAUGAGAACUUUAAAGUAGAAACAUCUUUUUCAGGUUGGGAGGAAAGGGUUGGUCCUGCUGAACUGGAAAGAGCUGUUCUUUCUUUGUUGGAGUUUGGACAAAUAACAGCUUCCAAGCAGCUGCAAUACAAGCUAUCUCCAGCACACAUGCCUUCCGAAUUUAUACUUGUCGAUGCUGCCUUAAAACUUGCAACUAUCUCUACUCUUAAUAAUGGGGUGCCAAUAUCCCUGCUCGGUGAGGAGGUUCGUUCGGUUAUGCAGUCAUACAAUAUACCAAUGGCUUCGCAUAUGGUUGACCCAUUACAGAUUUUGGAGAGUUUAUCAACCAUUUUAACUGAAGGCAGUGGACGAGGACUCUGUAAAAAAAUAAUAGCAGUCGUGAAAGCUGCAAAUGUGUUGGGUCUUUCAUUUUCAGAGGCAUUUGAGAAGCCACCAAUUGAAGUGCUCCGGCUUCUUUCCCUUAAAGCACAAGAUUCAUUUGAGGAAGCAAAUCUCCUUGUACAAACUCAUUCUAUGGCAGCAGCUAGUAUUGCUCAAAUUCUUGCAGAAUCUUUUCUAAAGGGUUUAUUGGCUGCACAUCGCGGGGGAUACAUGGAUUCCCAGAAGGAGGAAGGUCCUGCUCCCUUGUUGUGGAGAUUUUCGGACUUCUUGAAGUGGGCAGGUCUUUGCCCUUCUGAACCAGAAAUCGGCCAUGCAUUGAUGCGUUUAGUGAUUACUGGACAAGAAAUACCUCAUGCCUGUGAGGUUGAGCUCCUCAUCCUGUCUCACCACUUCUAUAAAUCAUCAGCUUGCCUCGAUGGAGUUGAUGUUCUUGUAGCCCUAGCAGCAACUAGGGUGGAAGCUUAUGUGUCUGAGGGUGAUUUUGGAUGUUUAGCUCGUCUUAUAACUGGAGUUGGAAAUUUUCAUGCCCUCAAUUUCAUUCUUGGCAUUCUUAUCGAAAAUGGACAGCUGGAUCUUCUUCUUCAAAAAUAUUCAACUGCAGCAGACACUAACACAGGCACUGCAGAAGCUGUUAGAGGAUUUCGAAUUGCUGUUCUAACAUCACUCAAGCAUUAUAAUCCAAAUGAUCUUGAUGCAUUUGCUAUGGUCUAUAACCACUUUGACAUGAAGCAUGAAACAGCUGCUCUUCUGGAGUCACGAGCUGAACAGUCUUCUCGACAUUGGUUCCUCUGCAAUGACAAGGACCAGAAUGAAGACCUACUGGAAUCCAUGCGUUAUUACAUUGAAGCAGCUGAAGUUCACUCCUCUAUUGAUGCUGGCAACAAAACACGCACUGCUUGUGCUCAAGCUUCUCUUGUUUCUCUUCAAAUUCGAAUGCCAGAUUUUCAAUGGCUCAGUCUAUCUGAAACCAAUGCCAGGAGGGCCCUAGUUGAGCAGUCCCGCUUCCAGGAAGCCCUGAUUGUUGCAGAAGCAUAUGAUCUAAAUUGGCCUAGUGAGUGGGCCCUAGUGCUUUGGAAUCAAAUGCUCAAACCAGAAUUAACGGAACAGUUUAUGGCUGAAUUUGUGGCUGUGCUUCCUCUCCAACCUACAAUGCUUCUUGAUCUUUCAAAAUUCUAUAGGGCUGAAGUUGCUGCCAGGGGUGAUCAGUCACAAUUCUCAGUGUGGCUCACUGGUGGGGGAUUGCCCGCAGAAUGGGCAAAAUAUUUAGGUAGGUCAUUUAGAUGUUUAUUGAAGCGGACUAGAGAUUUGAGGUUGCGAUUGCAAGUUGCUACAAUGGCAACUGGAUUUAGCGAUGUCAUUGAUGCAUGCAUGAAGGCAUUGGAUAAGGUUCCCGACACCGCUGGGCCCCUUGUGCUGAGGAAAGGACAUGGUGGAGCCUACCUUCCCCUGAUGUGAAAAAAUGUGUAUUAUUAUUGAACGGAAAAUAAUUUUAUGAUCAUAAUAAUGAAUUUUGAUGAUGAUACAUAUGUGGAUUUGUUACAUUCUGGUUAUAGCUGGGCUGCAGGACGGAAAAAUUGGACGAUAGUUGUGAUGCUGUUCAUUUUUUUCUUCGUCUCCAAAUCUUAAAUGGGUCAGAAUCAUGAAGCUGUGGUUUAAAGAAACUAGCAAUGUACACUUCACCAUCAAUAAUACAAUGGUACUUGAUUUGUUCCA